AUGGAAUGUCCAAUGUGUUGGGAAUUGUAUGCCCAAAAUAGAGUGGCAAGAAAUCUACUUUGUGGUCAUACAUACUGUUCCAUAUGUCUUGAAUCAAUCUAUAAUGUAAAUAAGAGAAUAGAAUGUCCUCUUUGCAGAACAAAGCAUGAACCGCAUGUAAAACCACAUUUAUUGAGCAAAAAUUAUGUGGCUAUGGAUUUGGCUUCCAAGCAUUUGGAAGUAUAGUAAAUUAAUAGCAUAAUAAUUAGAAAAAAAUUCGAAUUAUGUCCAAUUCAUACAAAACUUCCUUUAUAAUUUUUUUGCGAGGAUGAUUAAACGAAUAUGUGCACUGAAUGUAUUGCAGAACAUUAUGGUCAUAAGUUUUUCAAAUAUGAGCAUUCGGGUAUCAAAGUAUUCUAUUGAUUAGUUUCUUUAUAAUAAAAUCGAUUAGGAAAGAUCUAAUCGAAAUUAAAAACCCAAUUUGAGAUUUUGGAAAAGCAGGUAAAAGGGUUUGAUAAUUGCAAAGAACAAUUGCAAUUGGAAAACGUGAAAUUGGUAUUGAAUUCAUCAAAUAUUUAGAUGCAAUAAUUAGAUGAACAAUUCGAUCGAUUAAUCAAAAAGGUCGAACAAAGAAAGUAAGAAUUGAGGGAUUAGCAACUCAAAAUAUUUAAUACCGAGUGUGAAUAGAUAGAUUAAGAACUAGCAUUUAAUUAAUCUUUACUGACAAAUAUGGCAAGUUUAACAACAAAAUUAGAUUAAAAAUAAGGAGAACUAAGUAUAUUUAAUAAUUUAAUUGAAUAGAGGGAGUUAAAGCUCUAAAAAGUAAUGAUCUCAUAAAAGAAAUUGAUGAUCUAGAAGAGUAAGUAGAUAGAGAUGUUGCUCAACAAAAGUAAUUAAAGAUUAGUGAGAUAAAGAAGUUGCCUAAAUUGGUUUUUGAUUAAAAAUUAAUUAACGAAAUCUCAAAGUUUGGAUAAUUCAAAAAAGAUGUCUCUAACCCAUAAAUAUGUUUCUUUGGAGAUAAACACAAAAUAUUAAUUUACAACAUUGAAAAUAAUGAAUGGGCUUUUAAGCAAAUGCCAAAUGUAUACUAAACAUAUAAAAUAGAAUACAUUAGAAUAUAAUUAUUAUGCUGCAGCUGUCAGUCUGCCAAGUGGUGAUAUCAUCAUAACAGGAGGUGGAGUCAGUAGAAAUACAAUGUUAAUAUCUCCAUCUAAAGGAUUUCAAUCAUAAGCAUUAAAAAGUAUGUACUUCCCAAGAAAAGAACAUGCUUGUGUGUAUCUUGAUGGUUUUGUAUAUGCUAUAGGAGGGUAUUUCUUAUUGAUUAAACAUUGUUAGAUAUGAUGGAUCUGCUAAGCAAAUGUUAUCAUGUUGUGAAAAGUAUAGUUUGGCUUCAGAUGAAUGGAAAAUAAUAGAUCCUUUGUAAAAAUAAAAGUGUGCCUUUGCAGCAGCAGCAGCUAUUAAUAAAUAUAUUUAUGUAUUCGGUGGUUUUGAUGGAAGAGAGAGAUUGAACACAAUUGAAAGAUAUUCAGUGAAGGAAAAUCAGUGGAAAGUUUUGGAUGUUAAAUUUAAAUAAGGAUUUAGUAAUGCUGCUGCUAUCUCAUAUGAUGAUAAUAAGAUUCUUAUUUUAGGAGGAGGGUAUAUAUUUCAAAUAUUCUUCAUUUUUAGAUCAAAUCAAGGAUUUUCAUAUGAUUUAUAAGUUUAUGAUGUUAAUGAAUAAGUAGUUAAGACUUUGAGUAGAAUGAAUGAGGGAAGAGAUUUGAGGAACAAAUUGGUUAUUUUUGACAAUAAUCUAUUUGCUUGUGGAGGCAAUAACCAAUCCAUAGAAAAAUACUCGUUAAGCUAAUAAGUUUGGGUGAAUUUAAAGUAAAUUAAUAAUUAAAUCCAAUUUAGAAGUUACGAUCAAUUGGUUUAAGAUAAUUUGGAUUCAUGGUGCAGUGCUUUGACAUUUGAAAUAAAUAGUUCUACCUCUGUUUCAAAUCUAUUGAAGCAUAAUUAAUAAAAAGUAUUGCUUAUUUUGAUUCUAGUAACAAUAAUACUAAAAAUAUAAAUUUGAAGAAUAAGUGUCUUUUGAACAUGAUUCAUUCAAUCAAGAUGCUUAAAGUGAAGAACUAGAGGAUUUAGAAGAUUAUGCAUACAACUAAUAAUCUGGGGGAUUAUUUUAAUUUUGA